AUGGCCGGCAGCAAAGCGAUCACAGUCUCACAGUUUGUCGAGCAGUUUCGCCGGGCAUGGCUGGGUACGCAGGGGCGGUCCUCAGCCGGCCGAGCUCUCGAUCGAAAUGAUUUCAACCAGUUGCCGCGCAGGCUCGGACUUGCUGUUAGUGGUGGCGCCGAUUCUAUGGCACUGGCAUUUCUGUGCCGCCAGUUAGAACGCUCGGGUUUACUGGGGCGUAUUUCAGUCACCGCGUUCGUGGUCGACCAUCGUGCUCGUGUGGAAAGUAGCCAGGAGGCCCGAACGGUGGCCACUUGGCUUGAUGCGAUGGGCAUCAAGACACAUGUACUAGAGCUAGACUGGGCCCGAUUUGCAAAGCAGAAUAGCCAGGGCCACAUCUCAGAGGCCUCAAGUUUACCUACAGCUUUUGAAACCCACGCUCGUCAUUUGCGAUUCCGUGCCUUGGCUCUGGUGGGGAAAGGUGCUGGUUUAGCUGGCAUCCCCGAAGUUGCACGCAUUCCCGAGUGCCAUGGCAUCUUUGGAGUCUCGGAAAGUGGCUCUUCGGUCCGAUUGAGCGACCAGAAUAGCCAAGCCCGCAUGUCAUUUCAUGUUCAGGUUGAUGACCAGAAUAAAGGCAGCAUUGUGUUUGAACCCUCGGAUAGCAAAAAGAAGGGCCAGCCGCCGUCGGCAGACGGCACAGCCACAAAAAGGCCCAACAAGGGUCUUCUACCAGGUGUCUCUGUUGCGACAGGGGGAAUCUAUCUUUGUCGUCCGUUACUCUCAUUCCCAAAGGUCCGCCUCUUGGAAACUUGUCACAAAAAUAAGAUCCCCUACGUUUCAGACCCAACAAACUUCGAUCCGACUUUGACCCCGCGGAAUGCCAUUCGCAGCCUGCUUGCUUCUGACUCUUUACCACGAGCGUUACGAGCCCCCUCGAUACUGUCUUUAAUUCACUCCAGCCAGACAUUUCUUCAUACGUCGACCGAAUUCUCCAAUCAGCUUCUUGCGUCGAGAUGCCGCAUCCUCGACUUGAAUCUCAGAUCAGGAACCAUGGUCCUUCAGAUCGUGGAUCUCCCUUCCUUUUUAGAUCCGCUUCAGUCUCAAUUGGCCUCUUCUCGCCUUUUGCAGAUUCAGUCUCUCACACUCCGCCGCAUCACGGAGCUCAUAUCUCCAUUCCAUGGAAAUCAUUUCCCAGUGCGCAGCUACGAGCCCUUUGUCGACCGGAUUUUCUCUCCACAACAAGCAAGUCACGAGAGCAACGACUUUUCAUCCGGGAAACAGCCUUCUCAUCGCGGAAAACGUUCACACUGGGAGGCAUUUCAAGUCCACUUGGUCACGGCAGAUGAUCAGAGUCAGAACCAAUCGGUCGGGCCUCACGCUUUGACCCUCGUGAUUCGCCAACUUCAAAAGACGGAUAUAGCCAGGAUUCGACUUGAUCCGUCUCGGAGGGAAGAAAUGAAACUUAUGCGGAGGAAGUUUCCCUUGAUUAUCCAAAACGCGCUCAGAACCCGACUUGCUGGACAUGCUCCCGGUUCGGCGCGGUUUACCCUUCCGCUUUUGGCUGUGAAAAAGCCAGAGGCAGUGUCAAAGGCAGACUCCGAGCAUCUUGUGGCAUUGCCAACGGUCGAUUUUAGGCUGGAUGCAUUAUCCAAGAAACAAGGACAGGACGCUGUUGAGUUUACGUACUGUGAAGAGACGUGGAAAAUCAAGUGGGAGUGGAUGUUCAAGAUGAUAGAUACCGAGGCCAUUCGCCUGAUGGGCGGGCCUGAGAUAUUGGAUUAG